UAUGGCAAAACCCCCGGAGGUCUCAAAAGAAUGAAUGAGGCGAAGGAAACAGUCAAAAAUUUAACAGAAGUGGGAGAAACUCCGAUUUGCCGAAGGCCCGGAGCGGGCAGGUGUGCGCGGGCGCCACUCCCCCUCACUACAGACGCGGCCUUUAUGGCGCAUGCGCACAGACUCAAGGCGGCCAUCUCCGAGUGCGCAGUCCAUCCCUAACCGAGAGCGCGCGAAAACUGCACGCACGUCGGUGCGGGACACGCACGCCCCGCCCCGCCGUGCGGCCCGCGAAUCCUAAGGUGGCGAGGCCUCGGUUGUCUAGUCUCCGGGAGGUAAUGCCCCGGAAGGCAGGGAACGUGGAAGAGGCUGAGGCGGGCGCCGACGAGUACGGCCCUGAGGAGUACGGUCGGGAGGAGUCAGGCGCUGAGGAGUCCAGCCCGGAAGAGUCCGACCCGGAGGAACCGGCUGCUGAGGAGGAGAUGGAGGCGGGGCGGCCGCGGCCGGUGCUGCGCUCAGUGAACUCGCGCGAGCCGUCCCAGGUCAUCUUUUGCAACCGCAGCCCGCGAGUGGUGCUGCCCGUGUGGCUCAACUUCGACGGCGAGCCGCAGCCAUACCCGACGCUGCCGCCCGGCACGGGCCGCCGCAUCCACAGCUACCGAGGUCACCUUUGGCUCUUCCGUGACGCAGGGACAUACGAUGGGCUUCUAGUUAACCAAACUGAACUAUUUGUGCCAUCUCUCAAUGUUGAUGGACAGCCUAUUUUUGCCAACAUCACUCUGCCAGCCUCCUACGUGAUCACAGACUUUACCCAGCUGCGGAAGAUUAAGUCAAUGGAACGGGUGCAGGGCGUGAGCAUCACCCGGGAGCUGCUGUGGUGGUGGGGGAUGCGGCAGGCCACAGUCCAGCAACUGGUGGACCUCCUGUGCCGCCUGCAGCUCUAUCGUGCAGCGCAGAUCAUCCUGAACUGGAAACCAGUUCCUAAAAUUGAGUGUUCUAUCCCAGACUUCUCAGGUGUCGUGAAGCCAGAAAGGCCCUUGGCAGCUUCUCUGAGAAACACUGAAGAUGGAUGUGCAAAGGAGCAGCCCACAAGGCCACCUGCUUCUUCAGGCCCAGGGCCUGUGCCAGCCAGAGCCAACCUCCUGCUUCCUCCUGGUGAUGCCCCUCAUCCUUUGAAAACUGACCUUCCUGCUUCAUUUGAUUCAGAGGAUUUUGGAACCUCCAUUCCUAAGCAGGAAACACGUUUGAGCCUGGCUGGAGACAACUUUUUCUGGAGUGAGGCAGAUGUGGUCCAGGCAACUGAUAACUUCAGCCAAAACCACAAAAUCAGUGAGGGGACCCUUGCUGACAUCUACAGAGGGCAAAGGCAUGGCAUGCCAUUUGUCUUCAAGAAGCUCAGAGAGAUGGCCAGCUCAGGUCCAGGAACGACUGAAAAAUUCUUCCAGGCAGAGGUACAAAUUUGUCGUAGAUGCUGCCAUACCAACAUCUUACCUCUGCUGGGCCUCUGCACUGGAAAGCAGUUCUACAGCUUGAUCUACCCAUACAUGGCAAAUGGUUCUUUACAGGACAAACUCCAGGGUCAGGGUGGCUCAGACCCCCUCUCCUGGCCCCAGCGCAUCAGCAUCUGCUCAGGACUGCUCCAGGCUGUGCAUUACCUGCAUGGCCUGGAGAUGAUCCACAGCAACAUCAAGAGCUCCAAUGUUUUACUAGACCAGGACUUCACCCCGAAGCUGGCUCAUCCAAUGGCUCACCAGUGUCCUGUCAACAAAAAGUCAAAAUACACCAUGAUGAAGACACACCUUUUCCAGGCCUCAGCUGCAUAUCUACCAGAAGAUUUCAUCAGGGUGGGGCAGCUCACAAAGCGAGUGGACAUCUUCAGCUGUGGAAUAGUGUUAGCUGAGGUGCUCACUGGUAUUCCUGCGAUGGAUAGAGACCGAAGCCCGGUUUACCUGAAGGACUUGCUCCUCAGUGAGAUUCCCAGCGGCAGCACCUCGUUGCGCUCCAGGAAGACUGGCGUGGAGAAAGCGAUGGCUAAGGAGAUCUGCCUGAAGUACCUGGAGAAGAGAGCAGGCCAGCUGCCGGACGACUGCGCGGAGGCCCUGGCGGCGGCGGCCUGCCUCUGCCUGCGCAGGCGCAACGCCAGCCUGGCGGAGGUUUGUAGCUCUGUGGCCUCUGUGGAAGAGCAGCUCAGAGAUCAGGAGACAAUGCUCCCUUGGAGUGGGCUUUCCGUGGGCACAGGUUCUUCUUCCAACACCCCAGAAGAAACGGAUGAUGUGGAUAAUUCCAACCUCGAUGCCUCCUCCUCCAUGAGAGCAGUGCCCGGGGCUGGGGCUGCCGCCUCGCCUUCCCCGACAGAGGAUGGAGAAGGCAGGCCACAGGCUGGCGAGGUAAAGCAGGCUGACUCUUCCUCUGAGGCCUGUGCCAGUUUGGAGGCUGCCCAGGAUGCUACAGAGACUUCGUGGAAAAUUGAUAUCAAUGAGGCCAAAAGGAAACUGAUGGAAAAUAUCCUGCUCUACAAAGAAGAAAAGUUGGACAGCAUUGAGCUUUUUGGCCCCUGAUGAGUAGAACACAGCCGAGGAUGCUUGUGCUCAAUCAUAAAGAUGACUCCAAGUCCAGAAAAAGAUCUGAGGCAGACUCAAAAUCUCCCAGGAAAAACCAAACAUCAGCUUUCCCAGCAUUGUGGGGGUGGUGCUGAGAAACUUCCAUUUUAUCAGCAGGAGUUAGGGGAGAAGGGAUCUCAGCUUUU